AUGGCUGCUCAAAAUCACUCUGCAUUGACAGAGUUCGUCCUGGGGGGACUAACGAGCAGAGCAGAGCUCCAGCGGCCCCUCUUCCUCCUCUUCCUUGCCAUCUACUCGGUCACCGUGGUCGGGAACCUGGGCAUGUUCACACUGAUCUGGCUGAGUGCUCAGCUGCACACCCCCAUGUACUACUUCCUCAGCAACCUGUCCCUCGUGGACCUCUGCUACUCCUCCGUCAUUACCCCUAAAAUGCUGGUGAACUUUGUGUCAGAGAAGAACACCAUCUCCUAUGCGGGGUGCAUGUCACAGCUCUACUUCUUCCUUGUGUUUGUCAUUGCUGAGUGUUACAUGCUGACCGUGAUGGCCUAUGACCGCUAUGUCGCCAUCUGCAGACCUUUGCUUUACAACAUCAUCAUGUCUCCUCAAGUCUGCUCCUUGCUGGUGGCUGUGGUCUAUGCUGCUGGGCUCAUUGACUCAACAAUAGGGACUGUCCUCAUGUUAAAACUGUCCUACUGUGAGUUCCUCAUCAGACACUAUUUCUGUGAAAUCCUUCCCCUCAUGAAGCUCUCCUGCUCCAGCACCUAUGAUCUUGAGAUGACACUAUUCUCUUUUGCUGGAUUCAACAUCAUAGCCACCAGCUUACCAGUCCUGGUUUCCUACGCCUACAUUCUCUCCAGUAUCCUCCGCAUCAGCACCACAGAGGGCAGGUCCAAAGCCUUCAGCACCUGCAGCUCCCACCUGGCAGCGGUGGGCUUGUUCUAUGGAUCCACUGCAUUCAUGUACUUAAAGCCCUCCACGGCCAACUCCCUGGCCCAGGAGAACGUGGCCUCCGUGUUCUACACCACAGUCAUCCCCGUGCUCAACCCCCUGAUCUACAGCCUGAGGAAUAAGGAGGUAAAGGCUGCUUUAAAAGAAGUUAUCAAAACAGGAGGGAGUGCACAGCAGUGCCUUGUUGCUGGUACAGACAGGAGCAGAGUACCUGCCUCGUGGACAGUCACAUUCAUGGCUGUGGGCUUCCUUCUGACCCUGAUGUCCCUGGCCCAGGAGUUCCCCUCCGUAACGGAUGAUGGUGGCAACAGUGACGAUGACGACGAUGAAGAGGAGACUGAGGACGAUGCUGCUGGGGAUGCACCUGCUGCUGCUGGGCCUCUUGAUGCCGGUGGUGGUGACGCUGGCGGUGGUGAUUGGAUUGUUGUUCGUAAACUACUUGGAAGCUGCAUUACAUUCUGA